AUUUGAACAAGCAUUUCUUAAAGAGGUAGUUAACGUUUCAAAACCAAAACUUGGAAAAAAAUAUGAACGACAGGUACAAUACUGAUCAUUCCUCUGAAGGUGAACAUUCGAGAGGAAAACAAAACGAAAUCGAGCUACUUCAAGAUUUUGCCCAAAAUACAACGAUGCAUGGAUUGCAUUCAGUUGCAAACUCGAAAACCAAACUAUCCAAAGUAAUUUGGUUAACAUUGCUGUCGCUGUCACUUUUUUACAUGGUGAAGUCUACCAUUUUGUCCGGUAAGCGAUACUUCUCGUAUCCUUACACAACUGAGGUCGGUGAGGAGUUUGCAGGAAAAAGUGGUCUUAAAUUCCCAGCGAUUACACUAUGUCCAAUGAACAUGUUUGUCAAGACCAAAAUCGAAUUACAAGAUGAACAUCGGUUGUUUCGCAAGAUGGGACUGAACUUAAAAAUCUGUGAUGACACAAGAAAAUCUCGUCAAAGAUAUAACUUAUCUUGCGGGAUGUUCUUGAUGUGCAAUGUGGGGUUUUAUGAUAUGGGAGGAAGUAAUUGUGGUCCUGAAACCAAGACUGUUCUAGACGACUAUCUACGCAAUGCUAACAACUCCAGUGUCAUCAAUUAUGAGGAACAAUUUCGUGAUAUAUAUGGGCCAAAUCUGGAACACAGUUUGGAAGAUUGUAGGUUUAUCAACAGGAAGUGUAAUGCAAGUGAUUUCACAAAGCAUGUCUACACAUAUGGAAAGUGCUUCCAGAUUAAUAACGACAAACAAAAUGCUAGCUGGACCUUCGCGUAUGAUAAACUCUUCAUAGUUCUCGAUGCUAAAGUCCAUCAAUACACAAAAAGUCCUUUGUUCACAGAGGGAUUCAAGUUUUAUGUUCAAGCACAAGGAACUUUCACAUCUCCGAGAAAAGGGUUUGUGGUUUCUCCUGGAACCAUAGCAAAUGUAAUGGUUAAGCAAACAAAGAAAACCUACCUUAAACAUCCCUACAAAAGCAAUUGUACAGAAAGAGGUUUGAAAAGCUAUAGUACGUACACCAUACUUGGCUGUAUGAAUGAAUGUUUCGAGGAUUUGAAGGUCAAAGUGUGUGGAUGCAGAUCAUGUGGCUACUUCCAGCACAAUUCACAAAUUCGUGUCUGCACAAAGAACGAUUUGAAGUGUGAACAAGAAAUCAGGAUUCAAUUCAAUCCGAAGACUUGCGACUGUCCACCGCCAUGUUCAGAGACCACGUACGACUACCARCUAUCUUACUCGACAUUUCCCGACGUCAGAAGUACAACGAUGCUCRAAAAACACCGCAAACUUUCCAUUGUAUAUCAAAGACAAAACCUUGUUGCCAUAAUGAUCCACUUUGAAGCAGCAUCAUAUUUGACACAAGAUGAAAAGGAAAGYUAUACUUGGGAGGCAUUACUUGGUGAAGUAGGUGGUAAUCUUGGGUUAAUGGUAGGGUGUAGUGUUCUAACUGCUGCUGAGAUUCUACAUCUUAUYGCCCUACUAAUCUACAAAGGAUUCCAAAGAUUUGGAGCCAAGCAGCGCAAAGUUAAUUUGUCAAAGGAGUGUGAGCAGCCAACCAUGUAGUAAAGUCCCCUGGAUUCAUGAACWACAAURAACAUGU